GAAGUAAGAAAAAGACCAAAGCAGGUGGCUUUCUGUCUGGUGAAUUUGGCUCGACCCUGAAAAUAACACCAACCAACAAACUCUAAAGCCCUCCUCCCUCCUCCUCUCGCUCAAUACUCUAAACCCUAAACCCACCAUCAAUGGCCGACCCAAGCUCCGCCGCUGGCGACGGCGAUUCCAAGGACAAUUCAGUCGCCAAGACUGCUGGAUUGGUGGUCUUCUCGGGCAUCGCCAUCAGCAUUCUCAAAACGUUAAACCCUUUUAACAAAAAAGGAAAUGAAGAAACUCCUCGACACAGUGAGUCAACUCAGCCCAUUCAGCUGACUUCUUCGCAGCCUCAGCCUCAGCCUCAGCCUCAGCCUCUCCCUCCCCAACAACAACCCAUUCUCAAGGAACCACACCCUCCUCUGCCCAAAACCAUUACGAGCAUGGACCAAAAUGUGCCAGACACACCGAAGUCGUCGCAUAAGACAAUAGAGAUUGAGAAAGGAGAUACACUUUGGGGGCUCUCUAGAGAAUAUGGGGUAUCCAUUGAUGCGAUCAAAGAGGCUAAUGGUCUUACAGGGGAUACAAUCUAUGCUGGCAAGAAGCUUAUCAUUCCAUGAAUACGCUCCGUUUGUGUUGUUUUCGCAUAACUCAGUUUCCCUUGCAAUUUCGAGUCUCUUCACCUAAACGCAAAGAGCGGUCAUAGCCUUGUAGUUUCG